UAAAUAAAUAAAUGGAAAAAAAACUUUUCCAGCCAAACUGGAAACAGCUGGUACAAGUCCAUUGAUAUUUCCAUAUUAUUGUCCAUUGUUCCUCAGAUAUAGUUAUCCCGCCUUCCUUCUCCCAUUUUCUUUUAAUAUAUCAAGUUGAAUAUGAUUUCUUAUGCAAGCAUGAAACACUUCUAUCAAUAGUUUCUGAAUUGUAGGCUUUUGUAAACAGUUCAAUUAAACAUAUGCUUGUCUUUGUUACAUUUUUCACCUUCAUAUGAACAAAAUGCUGCAACUGCAAAUAUCGAUAGAAGUCAAGCAUGGGGUCCCCCCUUACGACUCUUGCUCCCGGGGAAAGCGCCCAAAUGAAUGUAUUUGCAUCAUAUAGUACCUUUUUUCUACACUAAGAAGAAGGAGAAUAGUCGUAAGGGUGGACCCCAAGCAAAACAGUUUUUUUCCAAAACGGGUUUUGGCCAAAAAAAUCUUUCUUUUUGAUGAACCGUCUGCGCCUGCUCCAAGAUUUUCAAGGCGUGUAACUUCCAUUUUUCCAAAACGCUCGCAAACACAAAAAAUCCUCCAUACGACAUUUUAGUGAAAAAAAGCAAUGUUUUCGCUAAAAUUAAGUUUUCCAAACAUCCCGGGACUUCGGGGGAAAAAAGCAAAAAAAAAGUUUUUGCCAAAAAUACAUCCGACUUUUCGUCAUAAGGGGGGACAUGGCUUUGGCUUUGCAUAGAAAAUCACAAACUCACAUUGGUCCGUAAAAUACAGACUUGCUUGGGUGAUAUUUUGAACCCAAAUAGGUGAAAUGAUGGACAGAAAAAGAGAUUAAAAAAAAAAGAAAGAGCACGACUUGCAAUCUUCGAGGUAUGCUGCUGGAUGUCAAGACUUGGACUUUGGUGCAGUUUACUGCAUGGAUUGUUUUCCCGAGAUGCAAAAGAACUGGACCGGACAUGGCGUGAAGGGAAACUUCCUGCUUCUCUUCCUGCGGCCACAAAGAGCGGUCCUAGUGCCCUCCACAUGGUCCUAGUGCCCUCCACAUGGUCCUAGUGCCCUCCACAUGGUCCUAGUGCCCUCCUCAUUCCCUAGCCGCCAUUAAACAACAACAAAAAGAAGAACGACGAAGCCAAGUUGGAAGUGGUCCAUUAAAAGGUUGAUAGCACGACCUCCUGUACUGUAGAAUGUAGUAUGGACCAUAGGACAGGACGAAGACCUCCUGUACUGUAGAAUGUAGUAUGGACCAUAGGACAGGACGUUAAGAAGCCGUGGAGGCCUAAGAUGCUCUACUAGUCUGCUGGAAAUCCAAAGAAGACGAAGGAGUAAAAAGCAAAAUGGCGUUUGACAAAGAAGGCCUAAACGUGGCCACUGGCCAUUAUUGUUUCUCUAUUUGUAUUUAGUGCAUACAUGUACGCAUAUAUGUCGUGUAGUAGAUGAAACAUUGUUUGUAUCCGGAUACAUUAGUCGGAGCGCACUUUAUCAAGUCUUAGCUUGCUACUUAGCUUAGCUUGUUAGCUGCUAACAAAGAGACGCGGACGUUAUCAACACAUCGCUAAGUAGACAUCAAAUGUGAGUGUAAAGUGUUGUGAUUGUGUGAACAUGUGAGUGUAAAGUGUUGUGAUUGUGUGAACAUGUGAGUGUAAAUUGUUGUGAUUGUGUCAACAUGUGAGUGUAAAGUGUUGUGAUUGUGUGAACAUGUGAGUGUAAAGUGUUGUGAUUGUGUGAACAUGUGAGUGUAAAGUGUUGUGAUUGUGUGAACAUGUGAGUGUAAAUUGUUGUGAUUGUGUGAAAGUAUGAGGAGGAACUUUGUCCAACAAAAGAGGAGAAGGAGCGACAACAUCAACUAUGGACGCUAUUUUCAAGAAACAUCAAGUCAGACGUCCAGUAGCCCCCCACAUUAAAGAGGAAGAGGAGGAUCCACAGCCCCCCCACAUGAAAGAGGAAGAGGAGGAUCCACACAUGAAAGAGGAAGAGGAGGGAGGGUGUCCUGUAGGGCAGGAGGAGGAUGAUGUCAGCAAGUUUCCACUGACUGUUGUCUCUGUGAAGACUGAAGAGCAUGAAGACAAAGCACCUGAGUCCUCACAGCUUCAUCACAGUCCAAAUGUCUGUAAAGAACAACUUCUGCCUGAAAAAGAAGAGAGUAGCUUCAGGAUGUUGGAGGAUCCACCAAAGAGGAAGACCAGGCACCACGGACUCUCUGGUGUAUUCUUUUCCUCUUUGACACAGACCCUUCCCUGUAAAAAAGAAGAGGAAGACUCACUGACCCCCCACAUUAAAGAGGAAGAGGAGGAACACAGCAUCAGUCAGGAGGGAGAUCAUAUUGAAGGACUGGUGGAUAUUCCAGUGACUGGUGUGCCUGUGAAGAGUGAAGAUGAUGAGGUCAAAGGUGAGAGUGAGGAGAAGAGAGAGGCGGAGCCUCCAAGCAGCAGCUCAACACAACACAUGACAACAGAAGCUGAUGGAGACCACUGUGGAGGAUCACAAGCAGACAAGAUGUUAGCUCCACUAUCAGAUAGUGAGGACACAACGUCACACUCUCCUGACACUGAUGAUGAACACUCUAAAGAUGAUAAGACAUGUCACACUGACAACACUCACUUCAAAUGUUCUCACUGUCACAAAACUUUUAAAUACCAUAGUGAUCUGAAAACAAACACAAGAAGACACACUGGAGAAAAAACUUUUAUCUGUUCAAUCUGUAGUAAAGGUUUUGUAGAAAGUCACAAAUUGAAAGUACACAAGAAAACACACACUGGUGAAAAACCUUUUUCUUGUUCAAUCUGUGGUAAAAGUUUUACAGGAAGUCAAUAUUUGAAAGUACACAUGAGAAUACACACUGGUGAAAAACCCUUUUCCUGUUUAACCUGUGGUAAAGGUUUUACACAUAAUCAAUAUUUGAAAGUACACAUGAGAACACACACUGGUGAAAAACCUUUUAUCUGUUCAAUCUGUAGUAAAGGUUUUACACAAAGUCAAUAUUUGAAAGUACACAUGAGAAGACACACUGGUGAAACACCUUUUUCUUGUUCAAUCUGUGGUAAAGGUUUUACACAAAGUCAAUCUUUGAAAAUACACAUGAGAACACACACUGGUGAAAAACCCUUUUCCUGUUCAAACUGUGGUAAAGGUUUUACACAAAGUCAAUAUUUGAAAGUACACAUGAGAAGACACACUGGAGAAAAACCUUUUUUCUGUUCAACCUGUGGUAAAGGUUUUACACAUAGUCAAUAUUUGAAAGUACACAUGAGAGCACACGCUGGUGAAAAACCUUUUUCCUGUUCAAUCUGUGGUAAAGGUUUUACACAAAGUCAACAUUUGAAAACACACAUGAGAGCACACACUGGUGAAAAACCCUUUUCCUGUUCAAUCUGUGGUAAAGGUUUUACACAAAGUCAAGAUUUGAAAGUACACAUGAGAGCACACACUGGUGAAAAACCCUUUUCCUGUUCAAUCUGUGGUAAGGGUUGUACACAAAGUCAAGAUUUGAAAGUACACAUGAGAACACACACUGGUGUAAAACCUUUUUCCUGUUCAACCUGUGGUAAAGGUUUUACACAAAGUCAACAUUUGAAAAGACACAUGAGAACACACCCAGGAGAGAAAGUGUUGAGUUGUAGUGUGUGUGGUGAAAGAUUCUCUUAUAAGUACCAGUGUAAGAAACACAAGUGUGCUGGUGAGAACAGCAGCAGCAAUUGAAACUGCAGGAUUUGAAAUAAACUGUCAAGACUUUAAUGUUGACUUUCUGAACACAUCAGCACAUACACUACAGUUUAAAAGUUUGGGGUCACAUUGAAAUGUCCUUAUUUUCAAUGAAGAUAACUUUAAACUAGUCUUAACUUUAAAGAAAUACACUCUAUACCAGGGGUCACCAACCUUUUUGAAACCAAGAGCUACUUCUUGGGUAGUGAUUAAUGCGAAGGGCUACCAGUUUGAUACACACUUAAAUAAAUUGCCAGAAAUAGCCAAUUUGCUCAAUUUACCUUUAACUCCAUGUUGUUAUUAAUAAUUAAUGAUAUUUACACUUAAUUGAACGGUUUAAAAGAGGAGAAAACACGAAAAAAAUUACAAUUAAAUUUUGAAACAUAGUUUGUCUUCAAUUUCGACUCUUUAAAAUUCAAAAUUCAACCGAAAAAAAGAAGAGAAAAACUUAAAAAAAUAAUUUAUGGAACAUCAUUAGUCAUUUUUCCUGAUUAAGAUUAAUUUUAGAAUUUUGAUGACAUGUUUUAAAUAGGUUAAAAUCCAAUCUACACUUUGUUAGAGUAUAUAGCAAAUUGGACCAAGCUAUAUUUCUAACAAAGACAAAUGA